AUGCGCUCCAAGUUUAAGGACGAGCACCCGUUCGAGAAGCGCAAGGCCGAAGCUGAGCGCAUCCGCCAGAAGUACGCCGACAGAAUUCCAGUCAUCUGCGAGAAGGUCGAGAAGUCUGACAUCGCUACUAUCGACAAGAAGAAGUAUCUCGUUCCAGCAGAUCUCACCGUGGGCCAGUUCGUCUACGUGAUUCGCAAGCGCAUCAAGCUCAGCCCGGAGAAGGCCAUCUUCAUCUUCGUCGACGAGGUCCUUCCCCCAACUGCUGCGCUGAUGAGCUCAAUCUACGAGGAGCACAAGGACGAGGACGGGUUCCUGUACAUUACCUACUCGGGCGAGAACACCUUUGGCGAGUUUGCAUAG